AUGAAUAAGUAUUAGGCAACCUUUCUUUUAGUUAUUUUAGCAGCUGCAUUGGCUGCUGAUAUUAAGCUGAGCUUCGAUAGUUUGAAGGAUCUUGGUUUAGGAGAUCUUAAUAUAGAUUUAGGAAAUAUAGAAUUAGAUUUAAGUUAAAUUUCAGGAAAUGCUAUGAAGGAUUAUUUCGCAAAGUAUGACAAGGAUAACAGUGGUGGAUUUGAUUUUAAUGAAUUCAUAACUAUUUAUUAAGAUGAGGAGAAACCUUUUUCUGAUGAAACAAUCCUCAAACAUUUCUAAGAAGCCGACGCUGACUCAAACGGUGUAGUUGAUUAUGAUGAAAUUUUCUAUUUUGCUCUUAAAUAGGCUUCAUUUUUAGAAAAUGUUUAAUUGGCUGACGAUGCACCAAAAGUUGAGCAAGAAUAGUAAUAGCAAUAAGAAUCAACUAAAUAAACUGAUCUUUGA